UCUAUAUAUUUCAGAUAGAUAUAAUGGCCUAUUCUGUUUGGAAAGCUUUCCAGGUCUAAAUUCACUCGUUAGAGUGAAAUAUCGCAAAGAAUGGUAUUCAAUCUGCGGGAAGAUAUGGCCAAAAGAAGGUGCCAACACUGUAUGUAAGCGACAUAAUCAUAUCGGGAGUUUAGCAAAGAGCGUGUCGUCCGAACCGGCCGGGGUCGGUACAUCCAUGAAGUUGGCAGUCAUUGACUGGAAAUGUAUGGAGGGUAAUUGCAAUAAAUGUGAAAAUUGUAUAAAACUCAUAGAUCGAGAACCUAGUACCACAAACGGAGAUUCAUGUAGCGACGUUGCUAGAGUACAAUGCCAAGAUAUACGAUUAACAAAGAAUACGUUGGGUACAAGAAGUGGCAUGCUAGAGAAGUAUCUAUCUGACAAAAAAUGGGGAACAGUGUGUCCAUUAACGUGGGAUAUAUCUGAAGCAAGUGUAGCUUGCAAUCAACUGUAUUCGUGCCCAGCACAGGAUGCAUUAGCAGAGACCAAAUAUCGUGGUAGGACUGUUGCUUCGGUGCCAAUAAACGUGCGAUUUUUCAAAUGUUAUGGCAAUGAAUCGUCACUAGACGAGUGUGAAUCCAUGCUUGGUGACACUUGCGCAAAGGGUGAUCAACGUCGUGCCGGUCUCAUCUGCAGAAGUAAUUGUACUCGGCCAAUCCAGUUAACCAACGUGUUGUUAUAUCCCGACAGAGAGAAUUACGCGCCAAAUGAACAGGUUAAUAUCUCUUGCGCCCCAGGUUACCAGCCACAAUCUGGAGAAACAGAGAAAAUCACAUGUCAAAGAAACUGCAGAUGGACUGAACCAGAGAUAGAAUGCAAACCCGUGUGCGAUCCACCAGGUGAAGUGCAAAAUGGUACGUUUGCUCCUCAACAAGCGUUCUACUACGCCGGCAUAUCGGUUAAUUUCACUUGUCAAGAACAUUUCAAACUGAAAGGAUUUUCUAUGUUAACUUGCCGGGAAGAUCGAACUUGGAGUCAAAAUUUACCAGAAUGUUUAGACGAAUUUAAGAAACCACCACAAGAAAAACGCGGAGAAGAUGAUGGUGAGUUGGUUAAUUGUUUCUUUUUUCCCCCUUUUUUUUGUUCAGGAUUUCCCACAGGUGAAACACAUAGGUGAAAAAUCAAUAAAUGCGAGGUAAAGGCACCCUAUCGUACCAUCCCGGUGUCCCUGAUUCAAAGGUAGAAUUUAAGGCGUGAACAUAAAAUUACAGUGAAGUACGACAGUAUGGGAUUUUGCU